AUGCAGCAGAAGUUAUCCAAAAGCUUGCAUUCUUCUUUCUCUCUUUAGUCUAUUAUUAUCGCUAACGUUACUUCGACCUGUGUUCGUGAUUCGUCGACUGCGCGCUCAAUUCGCCGUCCCUCUUUGCCAUGGCAUCAACCGCGUCGGCUGCGGGCGACUCACAGCCUCCCCCUGAGCAGACACAGCAGCAGACAACCACUACAGUACAAUCAGAUGCAAAUACACAAGAGUCAACUACGACACCCGCUUCAACAGAAGCGCCGAAGCCUGAACCCAGCCAGCAACAACAAAAGCAGUCGGGCGACGACGACGGCGACGAUGAUUCGGACUUUGACGAAUUGGAUGAGGUUCUCGAUGACUUCAAACCAAAACCCCAAACUGACACCCCCGCACCGCAACCCCCCAAACCCCCCGUGCCCGCCCCGGAAGACUUCGACGAGCUCGCCUUCAUGAACCAGCUGGAGAAGGAUAUGGCCAAAAUGAUGGGUCAAGCGGCGCAGCAAUCCGGCGUUUCGGACCCCGCAGGUUUCGAGGACACAAUUAAUCAGGGCGCGGAUGCGUUCACAAAACAGUUAGAGGAGAGUGGGAUUGCACCGGGCGAUUUCAUCAAGCAGCUUUUAGCCGAUGUCAUGGCAGAAGAAGGAGAAAAGGGUCAGUCAUCAGCAUCAGCGCCAACCGGCGCUUCUGUUGGAGCAGCACCAGCACCAGCAGGAAGCGAAGCCGGCGCAGGUCCAGAAUCAUUUAACGAUGCAAUCCAACGAACGAUCAACCGGAUGAAAGAAUCCGGCGACAAAGCGACUGCCGCCGCAUCAGAAGAUAAUGCAGACGACCUCAUUGCACAGCUCCUCAAGGCCAUGGAAGCUGGCGGCGACGGGUCUGGCGGCGAUGAAGGCGACCUGACCAAAAUCUUUAUGGGUAUGAUGGAGCAACUGUCUAACAAAGACAUGCUCUACGAGCCGAUGAAAGAACUGGACACGAAAUUCGGGCCCUGGCUGAAGGAAAACAAGGGAAAGGGGAAAGUUUCCGAUGCUGAUAUGGAGCGGUACGAAAAGCAGGCCCAACUGGUCGGGGAAAUUGUGAGGAAGUUCGAGGAGCCAAGUUAUACGGAUGAGGAUCCAGGGUGUCGCGAGUAUGUAUGGGAGAAGAUGCAGGCUAUGCAAGCAGCUGGAAAUCCACCAGAUGAACUUGUUGCUAAUCCUUGGAUGGAUGACCUCAAGAACGGCGGUGGUGGUAUCCCCGAUUGUCCGCAGCAAUGAUAUACGUCUCGCAUAUAGUAUCGUGUCAUACUAUACCCAUAUUUCAAAGUCUACUCUUCUUUCACACCAGAUUACGUCCUUUCUGGGUAUCAUAUUAUUCAGCCGAUUCAAAUUUUGCAUCUCUUCAUAUACAGUUCCAUUGUGGCGGUCCCAUCACCAUUUCUCCCUCUGACCUAGGCGCCCUACAGAGAUCAAGUGCCACUCAAACCCUUAUAAGUAUGUGCAUAUCAC